CUCACACACUACGCAACGCACGGUAAUACAAUGAUGACGACUCUAUUCGCACGCAAUUUAUAAAGAGGCUUUUGCAAUCGCAAGUGCAAAAGGCGUAAUGUCAACUGACUACUCUAGUGGAGCUGUCAGAACUGAACUGCACGUGCUCCCGCGCAAACGGGUGAUGCCCACAUCAGCGCGCGCAUGCGCUCGCCGCGAUACGGCGCGAAAUUCGAAAUUCCCCUUCCCGCUCGUACAUAACCCGAACAGAGAUUGCAUUAUCCUAUUUGUUUAGCGUGUUCGAAAUGCCGGAUUCUAGCACUAAAUUAGAGCGUGCAGCGCGACAAUCAUCAUUUCGCGAACACUGUAUGCGACACUCUCAAUUUCUCAUGUUUAUAAUAGUGGGAAAUUAAAGAUCGAAAGGUCUCUGUAAUUGUCGGUAAUGUACCUAGCUUUAUUAAUUCGCCGCAAGGGGACGUCGAAAGACAAGGCUCCGUCGAGUGAACGCGCACAGCGAUCGUUCUGCUGGUCUACUGUUAUAGAAGCAGCGAACCACUUUUGAUGCCCCCGGCUCAAAAGACUUUGAUUUCCUCCUCUCUUUCGCCAUGCUAUGCCACGCUGGAGUUCAUACGUGAUCGUGCCUACGAGACAAUAGCGUCAGAGACUUCAUAGAUAUUCUGUUUAGUAUAGAUUUUCAUUUCCAAUUGUGUUUAAUUAAAAGACUGAUACAUCGGCUCUGCGCGCAACGUAACAAUAAAAAAAGAGGAACUGAAACGGCCAAGUUACUUACACAUAUCGCGCGUAUUUAUACGUAAAAGAAAAUGUCCUAUACAAAAUUGAAAACAUUAUUGGAAAAACAUAACCAGGAACAUUUAUUACAAUUUUGGGAUAAUAUAUCCGAAAAAGAACAAGAAUUAUUAGUUAAUGAACUAACCAGCUUAAAUAUUCCUGAAAUAACUUCGAUUUUUCAUCGAGCAAAAUCAUCAGAUGAUGCAAAGGAACAGUUGAUUGACAAUAAAAUCAAACCGAUUCCUCCUAACACAAUAGAAUCGAUUCAACAGUCUUCAUCGGCAAAAUUAGAUUCCUACGAAAACAUUGGUUUGCAAGAAAUUGCGGAUGGUAAAGUCGCUGUAAUAUUACUAGCUGGAGGACAAGGGACUCGUCUAGGUGUCGAUUUUCCGAAAGGCAUGUUCAAUAUUAAGUUACCAUCUGAGAGGACAUUAUUUCAUUUACAAGCUCUUCGCAUAAAAAGUCUACAAAAUCUCGCCAAAAGAAAACUGGGGAAAAGUAAAGACAUUACUUGGUAUAUAAUGACAAGUGAUGCAACUCAUGAUUCUACUGUUGACUAUUUUGAAACGAAUGAUCACUUCGGUUUGGAUAAAAAUAAUAUAAUAGCAUUUAAACAAGGCACUUUACCAUGUUUUAAGUUUGACGGAAAAAUUAUUUUGGACGAUAAAUACCGCAUAUCUAAAGCGCCUGAUGGAAACGGAGGAUUAUACACAGCGCUGAAGAAUGAAGGCAUUAUAAAUGAUAUGAAAUCUCGUGGCAUAAAUAGCGUACACGCAUUUUCAGUAGAUAAUAUUUUGGUGAAAGUAGCUGACCCAGUAUUUUUAGGAUUUUGUAUUUCACGCUCUGCAGAUUGCGGCGUAAAGGUUGUCAAAAAACGUUCUGCCGAUGAACCAGUAGGCGUUGUAUGUCAGGUUGACCAAAAAUAUAGAGUGGUCGAAUAUAGUGAAAUUUUGCCUAGCACAGCUGAACUUCAAAAUGAUAAAGGUGAAUUGGUUUUUAACGCAGGAAACAUUUGUAAUCAUUAUUUCACAGUUUCAUUUUUGGAUGAAAUCGCAAACAAACAUGAAGAUUCUUUAGAUUUACACAUUGCCAAGAAAAAAAUACCAUUCCUAAAUGAAAGUGGGAAUAAAAUAAAGCCGGACAAACCAAAUGGAAUAAAAGUUGAAAAGUUCGUGUUUGAUGUAUUUAAAUAUUCCAAUAACUUCGCUGUUUGGGAAGUUAUACGAGAAAAUGAAUUCAGCGCUUUGAAAAAUUCUAAUGAAGCAGGGGUUGAUUGUCCUUCAACUGCACGCUCUGACAUUUUAAAUCUCCACAAAAGAUGGCUUUUAAAUGCUGGAGCAAAAAGUGUAGAAGGUGAUGUUGAAGUUUGUCCAUUGGUAUCAUAUAAUGGAGAAAAUUUGUCGGAUUUAGUAAAUAAUAAAUCUCUGCGAGGGCCUCAGUGUUUAAUGUCAAGUGAUUAGCUUUGAUUAUACGUAUUAGCUUUCCUUGUGACUAUUGUACUAAAGUACAGUAAUAGUUUUUUAUAUUAAAAAGAGUUUGAUAUUGAAACAAUAUGAUAGCACACUUAGAUACUUUUUAUUCGUUCAAUACCGGAGGUCGCGAUGAAUUUACUUCAACUUCAAGUCUGUAUACAUAAUCUUUUGGAUAAUCAUACAAAAAAGUUAAAGUGUGAUUGAUAAAAUAUCAAUCUAUGGCUGAUAGGAAAAAUAACAUAAGUCUACUUUUCGUGUCUUUAAGAAAAAAUGGUUUCAAUAAUUUUCAGAUUUAUAUGUAAGAUCGGAGCAAACAAAAUUAGACGCGAUACGGUACAGAUCAAUUCAUACAUUCAAUACACGUAUCCACACGGCAGCCUUUAAAACGUCUUGUGUUAUCAGGGGGUGCUAUAACCAGAUUAUAUACUUUUUGUCGCAAAAGUAUGUUUUUUUUUUUUGUUGUGCCAAAAACUCUACCCUUAUUGACACUGUGGUUCUUGCCGGGCGAGGGUGAAAUUUUGAAAAAUAAAGAUUUAAAAGGAAAAAAUUACGAAUUGAUUCACAAAGGAAAGGUAAAACAUAAAGUCCUAAAAUAUUUUUGUUUUUAAACUUUUUCAUUUCAAAAUCUCAGUUUAUAAAUUUUAAAUUUGUAAUCUUAUCGAACGAAUUAUCGAAACGCACAUUGCAAUAAUUAUUGCGAGGCAAUCGGUACACCACCCAUACAACGUUACACAAAUGAGUUUUUAAAACAGUUUCAAAAUUGUGCUUCGAGUCUACAAGUUUAAAAAAAAAACUACAGGACAUAAGUCCAUUAUAUUGUUUUUUUUCAUAAUAUUUACUGAAGUCAGGUCGAUACUAUUCAUUAUUUUUCCGAGGUAACCUUUGCAAUGUACGUCUGGAAACAAGUUAAAAGGAAGCAUUACGUUGUAAAUAAACAAAACCACGUCCUAGAGUAACCAAUAGCAUAUCAAAACUCCCGAUAUUUUCGUACGAAAAAGGCCUAUUCGAAGUUAUGAAAUCCAUAGUUAUCCUGAUUUUCACGAAAAGUUGACUUAAGUCAUUUUAGUUAUCAGCCACAGGUAUACACGCACACACAAACACUCGCGCGCGCACACACACACACACGUGUGUGUGUGUAUUGAAACAUUAUAUAGCAUUGGUAAAAGAAGUACUUUUUAAUAUGCAUGCACACAUUUAUAUCUUCAUGAUAACAAAAUCUUGAGCAUUAAUAAGAAGUAAAUAUGCAAAACAACAGUUUUUGCACCCGGGUGUAGAUAGAACGAAGCUAAUGUAAAAAAACCGCUGACGAUUAUUUGGAACGUAGCUUCCUCCAACUAAAUGUAUAGUUUCAAUAGAUAAAAUAUUGUCCGAAUAUUAAUACUUUUUUAAAAUAAUUUUAAUCUUAAUUAUCUUACUGUAUGAUCUAUACAGGGUAUACAGGGUGUGAGACAAAGAAUUUGAAUCUUAAUAUCUUAUAACUGAUCGGUUUUAUAAGCUGCAAAAAGAACCUAGCCGAGGUGAUUAAAAGAUCAAUAUUUUCCUAAAAUUUCAACUCAAUUUAAGCCUUUUUACUCCCGUAAUCGUACGACAUAUAGAAAAUCCAAUUUUUUUAAAUUUUUAUUAGUUUUUAUUGUUGUACAUUUUUUCAGAAACUUUGAUGAUUUAGUUCUGAAGAUAUUAAUUUUUUUGAAAAAAUUAGUUUUUUUAUCAUAACAAUUGAACGGAACAAUCAAUCUGGAAAAUUUUUAGUCCGAAUCAUAAAAAAAAUUCCGAAUUCAAAAUCAGAAAACAUACAUGCAUGCUAAAUUUUAUUUAGCAUGCAUGAACCCGUAAGGACAUUUUCUAAAAAAGUAUGAUUCGAACUCCAAACGCCUCCAAAUACGUUUUUAUAAAGUAUAUUAUAUAUUAUAUUUAUAAGCGAAACUGAAAUUUUACUAUCACAAAGCUUCCUCUAGAAGGAAGCAAAAAUGGCAAAUCUAUCAAACAUCCAUAAAAAUCAAUGUAGUAUUAAAAAAUGUUACUUUUUAUAAUAUUAUAUUUUUAUAACUAUUUUUAUAUUGUUAUUGGUUACAAAAAUUGUACUUUUUAUAAAAAUAAACCGUUUCUUAAUAAUGGCAA